AUGGCUCCCUCUCUUACCGAAACAACCACGCCUAUCAUUCCGAUCACGGAGGACAGCAAAAUCACCCUCAAGGGCCUUGAAAGAACGCCCAUCAAGCUCAGCGGAGCACUAGAUGCAUUCGAGUCAUUCGACGUGACCCCAGUCAUAGGCCGAGAAUUCCCAAACGCAAAUCUGAAAGAUUUCCUGCGCGCUCCCAACUCGGAUGAUUUGCUCCGCGACCUCGCUGCCACCAUCUCCCAACGAGGCGUCGUCUUCUUCCGCAAACAAGAUGGUCUAGAUGACAACCUGCAAAAGGAACUCGUCCAACGUCUCGGCGAGCUCUCAGGCAAACCCAAGACCUCCGGCCUACACAUUCACCCCGUCGCCAACUCUGGCCGAGACGGAAGUGUCGCCGACGACGAGAUCAGCGUCAUAAGCUCCGAGCAGCGCAAAACACUCUACAUCGACCGCAAUACCCGCAAACAAACCGCCCGCCGGGAAUGGCACAGCGAUAUCACCUUCGAGCCCAUCCCCAGCGACUACACCCUUCUCCGUCUAACCGAGCUCCCCAAGACCGGCGGAGGAACUCGAGCGAAUACUCACCACCUGGUCUUAGACACACUCUGGGCCUCCGGCUACGAAGUCUACGACCGCCUCUCGGAGCCGUAUCAGAAAUUCCUCGAAGGACUAACGGCUACAUACGCCCAGCCGCGCUUCAACCAAGUAGCCGACAGAAACAACUUCAAGAUCCACGCCGGUCCUCGCGGUGCCCCCGAGAAUGUCGGCGAAGAGCUUCGCGCCGAACACCCUGUCAUCCGUACGAAUCCCGUAACGGGAUGGAAGAGUGUUUUCGCUGUGGGAUCGCAUGUGCAGAGGGUUAAUGGUGUUACGGAGGAGGAGAGUCAGCAUCUGCUUGACUGGUUUGUUAAUCUUAUUGUUGAGAAUCAUGAUUUGCAGGUGAGGUUGCGGUGGCAGAAUCCAAAUGAUCUUGCUAUUUGGGAUAACCGCUCCGUUUACCAUGCGGCGACUUGGGAUUAUGAAGAGAUUGGUCCGAGGAGGGGUCAUCGGGCUGUUGGUUUGGGCGAGAGGCCAUAUCUGGACCCCAAGAGCACGAGCAGAAGAGAAGCGCUGGCCCAGGAGGCGGUUGACAACGCUGCAUAG